AUGCCGGAGCCAACGGCGGGGCGCGCGCGCGCGGCGGGGGGCCGGCGGGCACCGGGCCGGCGCGGCCUCGCCGGGCGACGGGCGGGGCCGGCGGGCGCGUGCGCUGUAGCGGUUCCCAGGGGAGCCGCCGGCCGCGUGCGCCGCGUGACCCGCGCCCGGGCCGGAGCGCGACCGUGGGCCCGAGCGUGCGGCGCUCGUCCGCCGGUCGGUUCUCGGAGCAGGGGCGAGGUCGGGCCCGCCGCGGUUUUCACUCGCUUCCCCCGUGUCGCAGCCCCGACGCUCUGCGGAGGGCGGCGGGCCGGGCCGGCGGAGCCGCGCGGGCACGGACGGCGGAGCCGCCCCGACGGAGGAGCCUCCGGGCCGGGCCGUGGCGCGCACCGAAUCGCCGGGAUCGAGCCCGGAGCCGAGUCCGGUGCGGGCGCAGCGGGUCCGAGGACCCCGACGCGAAGGGCGAACGCGCGGAGCCCCGUGAAGGUCGCAGGCGUGUCCGCCGCGGUGUCCGCUCCCCGGAGGCGCAGAGCCGGCCCGGCGGAGCGUGCCCGGUUCGCGCUCGGCGUCCUGCAGACCGCGGGCGUGCGCGGCGCGUUCACGGAGCGGCGACGACCUGGCUUCGCUGCGGGGCGCGCCCCCGGUACAGCGGAGCGGGACCGACACGCGCAGCGCGGGGUCUGCCCGGCCCUCAGAGGCAGCCCCGAGGAGCCCAGAGCCCCGAUGAGGGUCAGGCCAGGCCCAGUGUGCCGCGCGAGAGGGAGUCUCCCGCCCCCGCUGCUUGAGCACGCCGCAGGGCCCUGUCCCACGCAUGCAAGAGGACCGAAUUCCAGAGGGACUCCGAAGACAAGGACGGGAGGGCAGCGCGGCUCACCUGGUCAUUGUCUACGAAGACCCAUGGUGGGUCCUACAGUCCGUUGAGGUACCGGGGCCCACAGCUCACCAUCCGUGGGAGCCGUGUGUCAGGAGGGCAAGUGUUGAACGUGAAACUGUUACACCAGCGUGACUUGAUGUCAGAACCACCAAGAUGCUACGGGACUAGAAGACCGCAGGGCACCAUCUGACGUGAACAAACAUGUAAAAACUCUUAGUAGAGUGUCUGCGAAUGGAAUCCAAUGACAUUUUUGAAAAAGGAUAAAACAUCUUGACCAGAUAGAGCUUACUCCAGUGACACGAGUGUUGUUUACAUUUGAAAAUCAGCCCAACAUCAUUUAUUCUAUUAACAGACCAAGGCGGGGGGGGAGUGUUUGACGAAUCUAAGAUCCCUAUAAAAACUCCAACUCCGCAAGCCGUGAGUAGAAGGGAAUGUCCUCAACCUGACACAGGGUAUCUAUGAAAUACCUGGAGCCGGCAUCACACUUUCCAGUACGACACUGACUGCUUUCCCUGAGGAUCCGAAAGGCAAGGACGUCGCCCGUCACCAGUGCUGCUCACUAUUGUACAGGAAGCUCCACUCUGUCCGAGAAAGCACGCGGAAGAGACGGCACCAGGUUGAGAGAGAAGUACAGCUGUCUUUCCUUGCAGAAAACCUGACGAUCUAUGUCAAAAAACCUUGACCUCACCAUGGUCACGGAAUAGAAGAAGAGCAUUCAGAUAUCAAUGUCUCCCGGGCGCCUGGGCGGCUCAGUCGGUUGGGCGUCUGCCCUCCGAUGCCGGCAUGGUCCCAGGAUCCUGGGAUCGAGCCC